CAUAAGAUAAAAUAGUACUAUCCUUCGAUGAAUCUGUUUGAGUUUGGAGAGAGAAAACAAAAAUAAAAAACAAUCACAUUGUGUUUCCGUUUUGGAGUUCGUCAAUCUCUCUCUCUCUCUCUCGCUGAAGUUCCAAUCCAACGUUGCUUUGAGUUUAACCGAGUAGCGUGUGUGCGUGUGUUGGAGCAUUGGUUUGGGGUGUCGAAAAGUUCUAUCAAUGAGGCCUCAGAGAGCUUCGAUCCACCACCUCACCACAUGGGUCAGGCGACAACCCCCAAAGGUCAAGGCUUUUCUCGCCGUCGUUUCCGGCAUGGCGGCUCUCGUGCUCCUCCGCUUCAUCGUUCACGAUCACGACAACCUCUUCGUCGCCGCCGAGGCUGUCCACUCCCUCGGAAUUUCCGUCCUCAUCUAUAAGCUCAUGAAGGAGAAGACCUGUGCUGGGUUAUCACUCAAAUCCCAGGAAUUAACAGCUAUCUUUUUAGCUGUUAGGCUGUACUGCAGUUUUGUCAUGGAAUAUGAUAUCCACACCGUACUUGAUUUGUCUACUUUCAUAACAACGCUGUGGGUUAUAUAUAUGAUUCGUUUUAAACUGAAGGCCAGUUACAUGGAGGAGAAGGAUAACUUUGCAAUAUACUAUGUGGUGGUACCCUGUGCUGUGUUAGCCUUGCUUAUUCAUCCAUCAACUUCUCAUCAUAUAAUAAACAGGAUUUUUUGGGCGUUCUGUGUAUAUCUGGAAGCUGUCUCAGUAUUACCCCAAUUGCGGGUCAUGCAGAACACCAAGAUUGUUGAGCCAUUCACAGCUCAUUACGUAUUUGCACUGGGUGUUGCAAGAUUCUUGAGCUGUGCUCAUUGGGUUCUUCAGGUGUUAGAUAGCCGUGGACAUUUGUUGGUAGCCUUGGGGUAUGGUUUAUGGCCAUCGAUGGUUCUUAUCUCAGAAAUUGUGCAGACCUUCAUCUUAGCAGAUUUCUGUUACUAUUAUGUCAAAAGUGUUUUUGGGGGACAGCUUGUUCUACGUCUUCCUUCUGGAGUGGUGUGAUUGAAGAUCCGCUUUGGUGUGUACUAGCACAUUUGGUUUUAACUUAAUCAGGCAUAAUGGUUGGUUACCCUUGUUAGAGUACUUUUUCUGUUGACACACUUGUUUGGUUCCUUGGUGGAGUGUAAAGUUGGGGAUGAAAGUAAACUAAAUAUAUUUAUGUUUUUAAGGUACGGUUAUUUGUAGUUGGAAGUGCUUUACAGAUGAAGCCUCUAUUUGCUUGGACCAUUGGAAUUUUGUUAUUGUUAUAACUAUUCCACGUGCUCAAGUUCUACGGAAAGUCUUACAUUGAACCCUCUGUACCCAGAAGUACGUGGAAUGUGCGGUAUAGAUGCAUUCCACAGAACCAAUCUAAAUUAUUAAGAACCUAGAGUACAGAUGUUACCUUAAA